CUUUUUUUUUGACAUUUGUCAGGAGCAGACAAAGAUGGAGCAUUUAUGUGAAUUAAGAUAAAUUAUAUGUAAAAGUCAUGCAUAAAGGCUAAAAUGCUAAAAUGUUUUUAGCCUUUUCUACGCCAUGUAUCGUUGAAAUAUUGCAUAAGUAUUGCAGGGAAAAGGCGGAAGUAUUAUGAUAAUAAUAAUGUAAAUAAUAACAUAUUUUGGACAACUUUGGUGGGCCGGAUUAAAAAGCUGUUACGACAUAAAUUGUCACUGGAUACUGGCAGCUAGUGAAUUGACAGACGAAUGAUUAAAAAUAAUGGUAGUAUUUUUAAUCACACUUGAGCAUUAACUUUAUCUUCACAUACAGCUCUGUAUGUGAAGAUAACCACAGCAUAGAUAGAAAAAAAAAACCAGCAUGAUAAAAGGAUACACUCUACACUCAAGGUUUUGUUAACAGCCUUGCUUGGGUCAAGGUGUAUCUGAAUUAUUUUGACACAAGGGGGCACCAAUUCACUGUUUUGGCAGGAGGUAUAGUUUGCAGCUCUGGCAAUAUCUGUAGCAUUCAGCACAACCUAUAAGUACUCCUCUCCAAACUCUGUCAGUCUCUUAUUCAUUUACAGUGGAAACAAGUGGCUAUAAAAAUCAAGACCCGUAUGUUUUAAACACCAUGUCACCCAAUACCAGGAGUGCUCUAACAGCUGCGGGCCAUGUUUGUACAGUAGCCUCUGGGUGUUUUGGGGAUUUUAGAUGUCAAGGUUGUCUUGAAUUGCGAGCUCCACGCUUCAGUAGAAAGUGGAAAGUACCAAAUGACCCUUUUAAUUAUCAAGCUGAUCCAACUUGAUAGGGGGAUCAGAGGGGGGUUGGAUAUGAUGAGAUGGAAGUUGGUGAUAAGUUGUGUGUCUGAUGUGCCAAAAAAAAAAAAAAGAAAAAAACCCUAUCUCAGCCGCUUCCUCAACAGACAAGGAUCGUUAAAUGCAUUGUGAAAUAGAUGUGCUGUAUUGAUCCCAGGCUGGGAAAUUUACAAAUUUGGGACUGAUCUUUCCUUCCUUAAAAUGUCUCUUUUUAUAAGUCUGUUUGUAAUAUGAGAAAUACACGUAAACACUUCUAAAGUGAAGCUAACCACAUAUAUUUCUUGUGCAGCAUAGUCAUCAGACUAUAGAUCAACGAACCAGUAGGAAUUCAAAUACAAUUAUUGAGAUGAUAGGGCACAUUCGCAAAAUUCAAACACAUAUUCAAUGUUAAACAAAGGAGGACUAUGCUCAUGCAUAGUCGUGGUUACCUUUCCAUACAAUCAGUUAGCUUCUAACUUCCAAAAAUCAACCAGUCUCCAAGAUGUAGCCUCCCUAGGCUAAUAGUGCUAGGCUACAAAAGAAACAAAUUUAGGUUUAUCAUAAUUUAAAAAGUCAUAAAUACCUUCUCCAGUGUAUGUAUGAUUAUAAAGAAUACGUUAAAAAAAAGUAAAUAUAAGUUGGUUAUCCGCCACUUUUGUCGUUUUUGUGGCUUAUAUGAUAUGUAUGCAUCUUGGCAUAAGUAGCACCAAGCUAAGUGGUAAAUAUAGAAAUGUAAUAUUCUAUACAAACCGUAAGAAGGUAGAAUUAAAUAGAGAUAAGAUGCAGUCUGAACUCUUUGAUGGCAACUGCAAUGGACCGUGUUCUUAUCUUUUUUUCUUUUUUUUUUUUUACCGUGUAAUCUGUUUUUGGUUUCAUUUUUAUUGAAUUACCAAGUAUAAUACACUGCCCUACUUUAUUGGAAUUCUUAAGAAGUCUAGCAGAUGAAUGUUGUGAAAGCACAGCAGACAGUUCAGAGGAGUCGUCACCUUGGUGAGCACAGCUUUCUAUUUCCUUUCCUCAGAUUGCCGCUGCGCUGCUUCAUAACUGUUUUGGUUUUAACAGAAGGCAGUGAUGAGCGUCGGCUCACACAGCUGCACUGACUGUACCUGCACAGACUGCACCCACCUUACACCGGCUCCGUGUCCGCAUACAGCCAGCAUUGGAGGACGUGCUUCAAGACACCUUGGUGGAUAAAAGUAGUGAUAGGACAGAAGACAAGUGUGGACUGGACCACCUGGUCCAUUUGGUUUUAUGGGAGCUAUAGGGCGCGCGCGGUGUUUCCCAUAGCUGUCAACGCAGCGCGCAUCCGAAAACUGGUCAAGAGUUUCUGCCGGCGUCUGUGCGCUCUGUUAAUGCCGACCCUCGAAACCAUGAACGAUGGCCACCACCCGGUUGCCACCGUGCCACUGGAUUUGCGCACCAUUAACAGGAAGCGUUGCGGGAGUCCAGAGUGCGCAGUGCCGCAGAGAUCCCAGCUUGAGCAGAGACACUUACCUGUUGCGCGCAGCAGGACCGUGGGUGUGGACGUUGACACUUCUGCUCUCGACCCAAACAGAGGCGCACCGGCUUCGGACACCUGCGUAACCCGCAAGCGGCCGGCGGACAAGAAUUCCCUCAAGCUCCCUUUUCGGAAACGUCAAUUCCUCGUGGAGACUGAAGCCCAGCCCGCACAGGUCUACUCGGCCGAAACGAACAGGAAAACCCCGGCAGAGCCAGAGUCAGUACGUGCCACUGACUUGACGGCUGGGAACAGUUGGCUGAGAGAUGGAGGAGAGAGCAGGAUCGGCGCAGCAUCACUGACUCCCAGGACGUGUCAGAACACUGGAGCCAGCGAAGACAGAAUCCAUUUCUCUCAUUUGCACCCAGUCAAUUACGGUCAGUACCACCUUGCAACAGUGGUUGAGCCAAAUCGCAGUCUGCCUCAUCAAACAGACAACCAGUCGGCUGACUUAGCUCUGGCUACACGUCAAGAUGAAGACGGAGACACAGCCCUUCAUAUAGCUGUUGUGCAGAGCGAGAUGCCUUUCGUCCAGAUGCAGAUCCGCAUUCUUCUGUCGGCUCGCCGAAACCUCGACAUCUACAACAACCUCCAUCAGACCCCGCUCCACCUGGCAGUGAUAACCCAGCAGGCCAACAUGGUGUACAUCCUACUGAGGGCAGGAGCAGAUCCUGCCGUCUUGGACCGUAACGGCCAAACAGCGCUGCAUCUGUGCUGCGAAUACAACCUGCCUGAAUGUGUCGCUGUAGUGCUGUCUCACUCCUUGUACCCCCUGAGCUUGGAAACACGGAACUUUGAGGGUCUCAGCCCGCUCCAUCUGGCUGUGUUGCGUGGUCAAAAGGAUAUAGCCAAGAGGCUGCUUGAUGCUGGAGCUGAUAUCAAUGCAAUGGUCAGUUGUUUUAGUGCUCAUGAGUCAGCAUCGAUUCGCACCAUCACAUACUCGACUGACCUCUGUUCUUUUUCGUUUCAGGACAUCAAAAGUGGCCAAAGUCCUCUCAUGCACGCAGUGGAAAAAAACAAUGCAGACAUGGUCUGUUUCCUCAUUGAGAAUGGCUCGGAUGUGAACAGGCAGUCGUACAGUGGGAACACAGCCCUGCAUGCUGCAUGUGGACGGGGGCAAGUGGAAAUAGUGCGGCUACUGCUGAAAAGUGGAGCGGACAGCAGUCUCAAGAACUACCACAAUGACACCCCAGUGAUGGUGGCCACUAACAAGAAAAUCGCAGAUGUGUUACGAGGGAGAGGAGCCAAGUACGCACGAGUUCAAGAGCAACACUGUGUACCAGUCUCACCGCACAGCAGCAGGUUCUCAGAAAGUGGGUCUCCGUAUCCCAGCCCAAGUCGUGGAUGUUCACCUUUGGCUGCACCGCCAACCCCACAACGGAGCAAACCUCAUUCUCCAAAGACUUCACCUGGGCUUGUGUUCCCAUAUUCUUAACCAAAUCCCUCUACCAGCGCUAGAUUAAACUACCUCGUACCGACAACAGAAGAAAGCCUGCAGACCUAAAAAGGACUCAUCUGAUAACUCUCAACAGCUGCAGGCACAACUAGCCGAAGAACAGAAAAGACUUUUCUACAAACUCAGGAACCACUUUCAAGACAGAACAGACAAUCACGAGCCACAGCCUACCUGUGGUGUCACUGGGUGAGGCCCAGUUUAUCCAGUUGUGGUGAUGUGGUGAAUGGUCUUUCAGAAAUGUUUGCGUAGUGUUUAUUUAGCAUGCUGUUUUGCUUUUUUUUUUUUUUUUUUU